CUUAGAUUGAGAAAUUAUCUCUUCCAUUUACCCACAUUUAUAGAUAUAAUAUCAAGGGUUACCUUGUUAGAUGAGGUUAAACUUCUCAAAUCUCCAAAAAAUUCCAACAUCCCCUUAUUGACAUAUUUACAUGUUUUUCUCAAAUAAAUGAGUGUCCACGAAUUUUGAGGGCUUUAACCCGAUGUCAACAUCCUUGGCUUAUUUGCCUUUUUUAAUUUGAACAUAAUCUUUAAACCUACAAGGACCAUUAUAUUAAAUAUAUUUAACUAUAUGGUACAGAUGCGUAUAUACAUCCAAGAAACAAAACAGUUUAACAAGGAAAAAAUUAUAAUUCACUACUAUUUCUUUGUUAUUUGAAUUAUAUUACUUUUUAAAGUUUUAGAGUUCAAAAGCACGAGAUAGAUUAUAUACUUUUUAAUCUUUUAUCUUAAAAACAAAUUAUUUAUGGCAAUAUCUUCAGUAUUUAUAAAAGAAUGAUUGAUACUGAAUAUUGUUAAUUUACAGCUUAAGUAGUUAUUAAUCAGUUUUCAGUGAUGUUGAGAUAUAUCCUAAAAUUUAUGAUCAAAGACCUUUUAGAGGGAAAGAGAUAAUUUAGUAUACAACGUAGAUGAUGAUUAGUGUCAAAGUGAUUUUUGUACACAAGCUAUAAUCUGCUUUAAAGAAUUUAUGGUGUAAGAAUAUUGAUCUAAGAGUUAUAGUUUGUGUGAACAUUUUUUUCAGGAAUACGAAAAUUUAACGCAAAAGAUUCAUGAAUUACAAGAAGCAGGAGAUGAACUAGAUGAUAUAAUAAAUCGUUAUCAAAAAGAAAGAGAUGAGCUUGAUAAUCAACAAAAUGAAGUUAUAGAACAAACAAGGGAAGAGGAAGUUGAGGAGAUCGUCAGGACACCGUCAACACCCAAUUCCUUUACUUACUCAUACCCAUCUGUUCCAGUCACAAAUAAUGCUGGAUCAAAUCAUAACAAACUGGAAAAAAUUGGAGAGAAUUUAGUUAAAGCUCAUAUGCCACACGGACAAAGUUCGACUGUGAUAGUGAAACCUGGGCAAUCCUUAGCUGACGCUCUAACGAAACCGAUGCAAAGAAGAGAACUAAAAUGUCACAAUUGCGUUGCUGUUAAUAUGAUAAACAAGGUCGUUAUCGACUGGGGAACUAAAUUAGAACGCUUAGGAGGGACGCAUAUCAAAAUUGACACUAGAAAAAACUGGGCUAAAGAAUCUGUAUUAACAAGUAAUCACAAUUAUGUUAGAAAAACGUUUUUCUCCUGGACAUACUGUGAUUCUUGUCAAAAAUUGUUGGUGCACGGAAUAAGGUGUCAGACUUGCUUAAUCAAGGUUCACCAGAAAUGUGCACCAAAAGCUCCUGCCUGUCAAACAACGGAAGAAGACCGCCAUGUAAGAGCUAAACUCAUAUUAAGUGCGGAUGACGAUCAGCUGGACAGUAUGGACAGAGGCCGUUCGAAAAUGCCUCAGCCCAAUCAGCAUCGUGCUCGAUCGACGUCUGCGCCUAAUGUUAGUAUCAAUAUGAUACAACUACCUGGAGGUGCUGGACGCGAUAUAAAGGACGAUUACGACAGCAGAUCUUUCUAUCCUUCCGAGGGAACAAGCCCCAGAUCUUCUCCAACAAAACAUUCAACAAGUACAUCACCAACUUCUCAAACAGUCCGGUCCCGAGCAAAAUCCGGUGCAGAACGUAAAAAUACAAGGCCUCGACGAGAUUCAAAUGAAGAUUGGGAAAUACCUUCAAAUGAAAUUCAAAUCGGUAGGCGGAUAGGCUCAGGUUCCUUUGGAACUGUUUAUUUAGGUCAAUGGCACGGUCAAGUGGCUAUAAAACAAUUGAAUGUCAAAGAACCAACUCCAGCUCAACUGCAGGCUUUCAAAAAUGAAGUUGCCGUAUUAAGAAGAACGCGGCAUACGAAUAUAUUAUUAUUUAUAGGAUGUGCAAGCCAACCACAUCUGUCUAUUAUUACGCAAUGGUGCGAAGGUUCUAGUUUGUAUAAACAUUUACAUGUCAACGAACAUCGGUUUCUGGUCAGCGAAAUAUUGGAAAUAGCAAAACAAACUUCCCAAGGCAUGGAUUAUUUGCACGCAAAGAGUAUAAUUCAUAGAGACCUUAAGAGCAACAAUAUCUUUUUACACGAUGAUUUAACUGUAAAAAUUGGUGAUUUCGGUCUGGCUACAGUAAAAACUCGAUGGUCAGGAUCUCAGCAGUUCGAACAACCUACGGGCUCUAUUCUCUGGAUAGCACCGGAAGUAAUUCGAAUGCAAGAUAAAAUGCCAUACACAUUCCAGUCUGAUGUUUAUGCGUUUGGUGUUGUUCUUUAUGAACUACAAACUGGACAGUUGCCUUACAUGCACGCUGCAAGCUAUAGCAAAGAUCAAAUCUUAUUCAUGGUGGGAAAAGGAUAUCUACGCCCCGAAAUGAGCGCCAUAAGAUCCGAUAUGCCAAAACACUUUGUCCGAUUAACGAGCGAUUGUAUUAAGUUCAAUAGGGACGAUAGACCUAUCUUUCAGAGUAUUUUAUCUAAGAUGGAUAUGAUUUUAAAGAGUUUACCAAAAAUAAGAAGAAGUAAAAGUGAACCGUGUAUAACCAAAAAUAGAUUUGGACACUCGACGGACGAUUUAGACGAAUAUUCAUGCGCCUCACCAAAAACUCCUAGUCAUUAUUCAAAUUUGGGGCACUUUGGUAAGGAUCAGCCUUUUAAACUGCAUACAUUACACAGUUUCAAUGAUGAUGAUUAUUACUUUUCAUAAUAUUUCUCUUAAAUAUUUCACGAAAGAAAUAUGAUUGACAAUUAAAAUUUAUAGCAAAACAGAAUUAAUUACAAGUAUAAAUAUUGUAUGUUAGAGUGCACGUUCACAAAGUACCAAUUAAUACUCGUAAUUGGUUAAGGUAAUCUGAAGACUAUACAGUUCAAGGCUAAUGGCUCUACCUCUUUAUUGUUGGUUAAGCUUGUUUAUCCAAUGUGUUUUGCUAUAAAUCGAACGGGGGAUAGGGGAAAAUAUCAAGUUAUACUAAAAUAACUUAAUACCUUAAUAAAUGAUCGUAUAUUUUCUAUUGAAGAAAAAAAGUCAAAGAAAAAAGCUUAGCUCUCUCUAUAUUCGCUUAUAUUUUUCAUAAUGUUUUUCCCUUUACAUAAUUUUAUAUUUAUUCAUAAUUUCAAUCUUUUCAUUUUUUCUGCAAAAUUAACUAUCUGCAAUUUUUUCUCUUUCUUUUUUUUAUACAGCAUUCUCCUAGGCCGAAUGGCUUCUGAAAGAGAAUCUCAAAACUGCAUAACGUUUUCACAAACUGCUACAAAAAAAACAAUUAUUACUACCAUGUGAAAAAAAUUCUGUUUUUUAACUUAUCUUUGCUGAAUUAUUUCUUUUCGCGUGUGCAAAACUGCUUUUUUUUGUCCUGGCUAUUUUUCUUUAAGAAAAAGAGCGUUGUUUGUUGUUGUUUGUUUACAAAAAAAUGAUAAUAAUAAUGACAAAUGAUAAUAAUAAUGAUUUAAAAAAAAUCUAAACAAGAAUUAAAAAAAAAGAAUAAAAUCAAUAAGCUAAGGUAUUUACAUUUCUUGAACAAGGAUUGAAGUAAAUACUUUAUAGGCAUAUAUUUUUCAUACAUUUUUCAAUAUUAUCGUUCCUACUAAAAGAGUAUUUUAUUAACAAAACCCACGCCGUAAAAAGUGAGGAAAAUAGUAAUCCAUAAUUGGAAUCUUUUGAAAUAUAACUAUGAAUACG